CGCGCCCUAACCAACGACGCCGACGCCCUCCGCGCCAUGGCUGGUAUCCUACGCCGCCUAUCCCAAAGGUCCCGGUGCCGCAUGCUGCAGGGCCUCCCUACCGGCCUGUUCGACAAGUACGUUCUACUACGCGGCCCGGUGGCUGGCCGUCGACGCGGGUUUCCAAGUUACUCUUGGGCCGGGUGG